AUCGGAGUCGAAGUAGUGUGAAGUGUUAACUUUGUUGCUUUAAUGGCGGUGGUGCUAUUUGGCAGUGCAAUGCAAAGUGCUUGAGGAAAAUAAAAUAUGAAAAAAGCUGACCCACAGUUCAAAAGCAACAUAAUUUAAAAAACACUAUUUGAUGUAUGUGUGGAUGUGCACAGUUUAAUUUAAAAUAUACGCAAAUUGCGCCACACGGUGACCUCACUAAGUGCAUAUUUUAAGGCGCAAAAACGUCAAAACACAUUUGUUGGCACGCUUUUGAGUUUAGUUUGUGGCUUCUACUUGAAAAAAAUGUGGGAAAAAUGUGACGCAAAAUAAGAAGUGUGAAAAAAUAUAAUUUAGUAAUUUCUGCAUGGCAAAGUUAAUAUCCAGCAAAAAAGAGACUUAUCUGAUAAAUCAAAAAUUAAAAACUUACGCCAUUGCUCCACUCGAGGGUCGCUUGGUGUAAACUGCGCUUCGGCAUGGGCAAUCGUGUGAGUAAUUUGUGGUGUAAAAAUUCAUUUUUACAAAUUGCGGACAACAACAGUGCCAGUAAAACGAAUAGUAGCAAUAAAAACGACAAAAGUGAAGUGGUGCAAAGUCAGAACCGAAAACCAAGUGGAUUCUUCAGGAGUUCUGGCAGCCGACGAAUGUCAUUGAAUUGCGUUUCACGUAAAUCAAAGUCCGGUGCAGAUACGGCAUCAGCAGACAAGGCAAGAUCAUCAAUUGAAGAGGAUUGCAUAAUAACAACAACAGCAACAACAACAUCGACAACACCCAUAACCACGUCGACAACAACUACAACAACGCCAGCUGUCGCUAUCAAUAGCAAAACGACCGAACAAUCAACAGAAUUGGCAACUACAACAACAACAAACGCUCCAACAUCCGCACAAGUAAGAACAGAAAUAGAAAAAAUCACUACGCCUGCAUCAUCUUUACCAGUAUCAGCAACAACCACGCCGGUCACACCAAUACACACAAAAACGAUUCUGUCAUCAUCCCGGCACGAAGCCAGCGCAACAACAAUACGAAAUAUAACAGCUACUGAAACAACCAGUCGACAAGCGAUAAAUAUGAAAACAAAUAUUUUACCGACUGCAACAAAAACAACACCCAUUGUAGUGAGAACAAUGCCAGGCAGGGCUACAGCCAUGUCGAGCAUUGCAGGAACUGCAGCCGCGUCGAAAAAGCCAACAAUCUCAACGAUAGAACAAGAAUUUGCGAAACUUAUUAAAGCGCGUGAUAGUAAAGCGAAUAGUGAAGGCAAUUGCAAUAACAAAAAUAACAAAAACAAAUGCAAAAGUAAACAUUCAAACGUCUGUCUAAGCGAGGAAAACAAUGACAAAAUGUACAGAGUUGGCGAGAAUCGUUCAACGAGUGACAGCAGCAAAAGUUUGUUCUUAUCAGCACCUCGGACAGCAGUAAACUGUGCAUCAGUUGCAACAACGAAAACAGUACCAACGACAACAACAACAACGCCACCGAAGAUUUUGAGAUCUCCAGUGAAGGUCAUCAUUACAGCUGCAGACUCGAGCACAGACGACAACUACGCAAUUCGUCCAUUUCCAAUCAGUCAUGUGCAGCCCUUUACUAAGGUGAGAUGCAAAAGUAAUAUGAGUUAA